AUGGCAAAGAAUGCGUCUCGCAAAGGCCCGCUAAAGGGCUCUCUAGAUAGUAAGAUUGAAGAUCUGAUAUACCGAUUACUGGAAGAAAAAUCGCUUGAUAAAAAAAGACUACUUUCUGCUGAGAAUGAGGAUGGAGUGGAUGAAGCAGACACUCUAUCUUUUGCCAAGGACCUUGUAGUUCCAGAAAUAUUCACUUUUUGUCAGACGAAGGAUCUAUCUAUGCUGAGAGUGAAGAAAGUUAUUCUUCAAAAAUCCAUUGAAAGAGUCCUGAAACAGGUUAUAGACGAGGAAGCAGCCGAGUUUGAUGGCUAUGCUAGUUUUAAAGAUGAAUCGGCAGAAUUGGUUCCUAAGGAUGAUAACCUUGUGCCUGUUCAGGAUAAUAAUGAGUUUAACAAGAAUAUAACUGACCAGUGGGCUGUGAGAACUGGAAAUAACAUCACGGAUGGGGAAACUGAAGCUACAGAAGCUGAAGCUGUUUCUUCUCAGGCAAAGAAGAGAGUGAAAGAAGCUGGGACGGGGAAAAGUAAGCGUCAAAAAGUGAAAGAGAAUAGAACUCCUCCAUCCACUAAUUUAGAGUCACUAGGAGGCAUGGAUGAUGUGAUCGCGCAGUUGAUGGAAUUGAUUGGUUUACCAAUCUUGCAUCCCGAAAUAUACCUUUCUACUGGUGUCGAGCCUCCUCGUGGUGUUCUUUUACAUGGCCCACCUGGUUGUGGUAAGACUUCUAUCGCCAAUGCGUUGGCUGGAGAGCUGCAAGUUCCAUUUAUUUCUGUUUCGGCGCCAUCAAUUGUAAGUGGUAUGUCUGGUGAGAGUGAAAAAAAAUUGAGAGAUCUAUUUGACGAAGCAAAACAGUUAGCCCCAUGUUUGGUGUUCUUCGAUGAAAUCGACGCUAUUACUCCCAAACGUGAUGGUGGGGCACAAAGAGAGAUGGAAAGGAGAAUUGUAGCCCAGCUCUUGACCUCUAUGGAUGAAAUCUCUAUGCAAAAAACCGACGGUAAACCCGUCAUUAUUAUCGGUGCUACCAAUAGACCAGAUUCCUUGGAUUCGGCAUUAAGAAGGGCUGGCAGGUUUGAUAGAGAAAUAUGUCUCAACGUCCCAAAUGAAAUUUCAAGAAUUCAUAUUCUCAAGAAGAUGUCGCAACAUCUUAAAAUCGAUGGUGAAAUAGACUUUAUCAAAUUGGCCAAGUUGACACCAGGUUUUGUUGGUGCAGAUUUGAAGGCCCUAAUAACAGCCUCAGGAACUUGCGCAAUCAAACGUAUUUUUCAAGAAUAUGCCGAUCUGUCGGCGUUGUCUGAUAGUCAAAUGGAGGUUGAUCAAACCGGCAUUCUGGAUGAAAAGGCCAUGAAAAACACGGCAAACAUCAUUGAUCCUAUACCGCUUUCAACUAUUCAAAAGUUUAUCAAGAACUUUCCAGAGCCUCUGAAUGACGAACAACUCCAGCACCUGACGAUUAAGUAUGAAGACUUCUUAAAGGCAUUACCGACAAUACAACCUACUGCUAAGAGAGAAGGGUUUGCAACAGUUCCAGACGUUACUUGGGCCAAUGUCGGUGCUUUGUCAAAGAUCAGAAUAGAACUGAAUAUGGCUAUCGUACAGCCAAUUAAGAGACCGGAACUUUACGAGAAAGUGGGUAUAAGUGCUCCGGCAGGUGUAUUGUUAUGGGGGCCACCUGGAUGUGGUAAGACCCUUUUAGCGAAAGCAGUUGCCAACGAAUCGCGUGCAAACUUCAUAUCGAUCAAGGGUCCUGAGUUGCUGAAUAAAUAUGUUGGUGAAUCCGAAAGGGCCAUUAGACAGGUUUUCACCAGAGCGCGCGCAUCAGUUCCAUGUGUUAUAUUUUUCGAUGAGCUUGAUGCAUUGGUCCCAAGAAGAGAUACCACAUUAUCUGAAUCUUCAUCGAGAGUUGUCAAUACUCUGUUAACAGAGUUGGAUGGACUUAAUGACAGAAGAGGAAUUUUUGUGAUUGGUGCCACGAAUAGACCUGACAUGAUAGAUCCUGCAAUGUUAAGACCUGGAAGACUGGAUAAAACCUUGUUCAUUGAAUUGCCAAAUACACAAGAAAAGCUGGAUAUAAUAAAGACUUUGAAAGUGUCCAAUGGAACACCCAUUGCCGAUGAUGUUGAUUUGGAGAAGGUAAUAGCAGAUGAACGCUGUAGAAACUUCUCCGGUGCUGAUAUUGCAGCUUUGCUGAGAGAAGCCUCGGUUUUAGCUUUGAAGAGAAGUUUCUUCAAAACUGAUAUGAUUCAUUCCGUUUUAGACAACGAUCUUGAUAAGGAAUUUGAAGAUUUAAGUGUUGGGGUGCCACAGGAGGAUAUUCUUGUUGCAAUGCAUGACUUUACAAAUGCUUUAAGGAAAAUAAAGCCUUCAGUGAGUGAUAAAGAUAGGCUGAAGUAUGACAGACUGAAUAAGAAAAUAGGGCUGGAAUGA